AUGGAAGGAAAAAAGAAGCGAAGCAGUAAUUACACAAUAAUGGAAAAAGAUACCUUAUUACAAUUAAUAAAGAAAUAUCAACAUAUAAUUGAAAACAAAGAAACAAAUGCCAAAAUGAUAUCAAAAAAGAGAGAAACAUGGGAUUGCAUAUGCAAUGAAUAUAACUCUGUUGCUUUGAGUGGCUUCAGAUCUUGGAAGCAACUGCGUCAUCUAUAUGAAAACCUUAAACAGAGGUCUAAAAAGAACAUUUCUAAAGAAAAUAGGCUUCAGUAUAAUGACAGAGUUAUUGAAGUACAGAAAAAGGCACCAAUAGAAAAGAAAGAAAUAACUGGUACAGAUGUAAGAUCUUAUAAACUUAUUGCCACAGGACAUGGUGAUCUAGUAAUGGCUGCUCCCCACGUGCACCCAGAACAUAAUCCAUGUGAUGAUGGAGCAUUUUAUUUUGGAGAUUCGGAAGCUACAACGGAUGAGAGACCAACCAUGACAGUGAUUCAUGAAUUCAGCCAUGUCAAUAAUAAUGAAAAUCAAGAAACUCAGUCUACCAGUGCAAAGGCUGCAGAAGACAAUAAGUUUAACAAAACCACUAAUGGACACAGAACAAUCUCUAAAAAUAAAAUAAAGGAAACUCUUAUACAAAAAUACUUCAAUUCUAAAUUACGAAAUGCCAAAUUGGAAACUAAGUAUUUAAUAAAUAAAAAUAAAAUGGAGAUAAAUAAAUAUAAGUUGGAAAUGCAAAUUUUAAAAUUAAAACAUUUACAAGCUUCUAGAAGGAUCAAAAUGAGUCGUAAAAAUCAUACUUUGACUACUCAGGACCUGGAAAGUAUACCGGAAGAAUGGGAAGGUAGUGAAGAUGUCCUAGAUUUUUCUGACGAUGACAAUGUGCCUGAUGCAAACUAUCACUUCCAGUUGAAUAAUCACCAUGACAGUUCUGAUGACGACUCC